CUUCUUGGCAAGCCCAGUGGAAGCCAAAGGACCCACCCCAUGGAGGGAUGCUGGGUGAUGGAGACAGCCAAUGCCUCCAAGGAUGGCUUGGAUUUCAACCCCAUGAAGGAUUACAUGAUCCUGAGUGGUCCCCAAAAGAUAGCCGUUGCGGUGUUGUGCACGCUUCUGGGCCUACUAACCGCCCUGGAGAACCUGGCUGUGCUCUAUCUGAUUCUGUCCUCCCACCGACUCCGCAAGAAGCCCUCAUACCUGUUCAUUGGCAGCUUGGCUGGAGCUGACUUCCUGGCUAGUGUGGUCUUUGCAUGCAGCUUUGUAAAUUUCCAUGUCUUCCAUGGCGUGGACUCCAAGGCCAUCUUCCUGCUGAAGAUUGGCAGCGUGACCAUGACCUUCACAGCCUCUGUGGGCAGCCUCCUGCUGACCGCCAUCGAUCGCUACCUCUGUCUGCGCUACCCACCUACAUACAAAGCUCUCCUCACCCGUGGGAGGGCACUGGUGAUCCUGGGCAUCACAUGGGUCAUCUCAGCACUGGUCUCCUACCUGCCCCUCAUGGGAUGGACUUGCUGUCCCAGUCCCUGCUCUGAGCUUUUCCCACUGAUCCCCAAUGACUACCUGCUGGGCUGGCUCCUGUUCAUCGCCUUCCUCUUCUCUGGAAUCUUCUACACCUACGGGCAUGUCCUCUGGAAGGCCCAUCAGCAUGUAGCCAGCCUGGCUGAACACCGGCACAGGCAGGUGCCAGGAAUGGCCCGGAUGAGGCUGGACGUGAGGUUGGCCAAGACCCUGGGGCUGGUGCUGGCUGUGCUGCUCGUGUGCUGGUUCCCGGUACUGGCGCUCAUGGUCCACAGCCUGACCACUACGCUCAGCGACCAGGUCAAGAAGGUCUUUGCCUUCUGCUCCAUGCUGUGCCUUGUCAACUCCAUGGUCAACCCUGUCAUCUAUGCCCUGCGGAGUUGGGAGAUCCGUUCCUCUGCCCAUCGUUGCCUGGCCCGCUGGAGGAGGUGUCUGAGGGACAUCGGGCCUGAGGGAAAAAAUGAAGCCCCAAGGUCUUCAGUCACCGAGACAGAGGCUGAUGUGAAAAUCACUCCGUGGGCAGAUUCCGGAGACCCGUACUGCUGAUUGCUGACGCGGCUUCUUUCACAGUUGAAACAACUCAAGUCAGAAAUCAUUUCACUCCUUGGAGGAGAGAGAGGGGUCUCGGCCCUCUCAUCCUACUCAAACCAGCCCAGAGGUCUGGACACUUCCCUACUUUUGCUGAUGAGUGUUGGGAUGACUCCGGGAGAGUGGGCUGGCCAUGCCCACCUGCACACAGCUGCGGGGUAGCUAGGGCCUGCGGGAAUGGCAAGGCGGGCAGCGGGCAAAGGCCUGGCACAGGCUCAGUUUGUGGGACCCUCCCAGCAAGAUGGCUUAGUGCCCGCGUCCUCCAGAGACCACAGGAGCCAGAGAGAGCUUUCAGUCCCAGCGAUGAGAAACUUGGAGGACAUCUGAGAAGAAGAAUAGAUUUUUCUCUUGGGAACUCAGGGUAUCAGAUGGGAUGGCUGGCCAGCCCUUGCUCCUGCUCAGCUGCUGGGGCCUCCUUGGUUCUGGAGCUAUGAAAGGCCCCACCUGCAAGUCACCCUUGCCGCCGAGGACCAAGAACUGUGACGGGAUGAGGAUCAAGGGUGUCGACCUGGCUCUUUCAGAAAUAAAUAACAAGACUUCAGUUCAGGGCCUGUUGUUGUUAGGGCAAGGGCCCUGCCUGACAUCCUGACAAUCCUCACUCACAGCCACUGUGACCUCUUAGGUCCCUGGGGAAUACAGAGGAGGCUGGGGUCACUUGAGACACAGACUCUUCAGAGAAUUUUAUUGACCCUGUGAGGUCCUGCCUGGCAGUGCUGUUGGAAGCAGGUGGAGUCCCAGUCUAACCUGACUCUGAGAAAAAGGGCAAUAUUCAUGAAGAUUUUAUAAACCCCCAAAUUGUUCCCCAUCCCCCUUCAAUCCAUCCCCUUUGUCUUUUCCAUGCCCCUAUAACACAUAGUAAGCAGAACAGGUGGGAGGAGGGGCAGUUCCCUUCCCAUCUGCCAGGCACAGGCUGACAUGCCACAGUCCCCAGCCAGAGCACAGCUGCGUGCUUUUGAAGGUGUCCGUAUUUUACAUAUCAAGGAGGCUGGGUUCCCCCUGCAGGGGCUUGAAACAGUAGACAAGAGAAAUUAUUGGUGGCAGGGAGGAUUGCAGAGGAAUUCUAAUGCAAUUAUUUGAUUACACAGAUGGAAUAAAAGGAAUGAUAUUGAUUAAA